AUGUCAACCAGACACAUUUUUACGUCAUGUGACGGCCUCGUCAACAAGGCCAUCCGAGGCAUCAUUACCUACAACCCUUCUCUCAGCCUAGACGAAAGCAACCGGGUCGUCUAUGACACCACAUACGACAAGUCCAAAGUCGUCAUCAUAAGCGGAGGCGGCUCCGGACAUGAGCCUGCGUGGACAGGCUAUGUCGGUCAAAACAUGCUCGCAGCUUCGGUUCAAGGAGACAUCUUUGCCAGCCCCAGCACAAAGCAAAUCCUUGCAGCAGUGGACGCUGUUCCGAGUGACAAGGGCACCAUUCUGGUCAUCACAAACUACACUGGUGACUGUCUGCACUUUGGGCUGGCCAACGAGAAAGCCAAUGCCAAAGGCCACAACUGCCGGACCAUCAUCUGCGGCGACGAUGUCUCUGUCGGCAAGAACGGGAGCAUGGUUGGUCGCAGAGGUUUGGCUGGACAGAUGGGUGUCCUCAAAGUCAUGGGCGGAGCUGCUGGUGCUGGAGGCUCGCUGGACGAAGUUUACAAUCUUGGUGUCGCAUUCUCGCAGCAGAUUGUGUCUAUUGCGGCAACCUUGGAUCAUUGCCAUGUUCCAGGACGUGCUGAACAUGGCAUGCUUCAAGAAGGCGUUGUUGAACUCGGCACCGGCCCUCAUAACGAACCCGGAUACAAGAAACUAUCCCCUGCGCCAUCUGCGUCUGAUCUCGUCUCCCAGAUUCUACAAUACUGUCUGAAUGAAAAGGAUCCGGAAAGAGGCUACGUUCACUUCGCCCCUAGUGAUGAAGUCAUACUACUUCUCAGCAACUACGGCGGCAUAUCGCACCUGGAGAUGGGCGCUCUGGUUGACGAAAUUCUCGAGCAGCUUGCAAGAGACUGGAAGAUUGAGCCGGUGAGGGUAUGCGCCGGCUUCAUCGAGACGUCACUCAAUGCUCCAGCCUUUUCUGUCUCCGUCAUCAAUGUGACUGCUGCCGCAAAGAAUUGCAGUUACUCUGUCGAAGAGAUCAAGUCCUUCUUUGAUGCCAGGACGACGACGUUUUGGGAGUCCAUGACUGGGUCGCAGACACGGCGGAGGACGAGACAGCAGCAGAUUGUUCAGCCCCCGGAGGAAGAGGUCAAGGCAGUUGAUGAGUCAAAAGAUCUGACUAUUGAUCCCACGCUCUUAGAGAAGAUGUUGAGGAACGCUUGUGAAGCGCUCGUCAAGGCUGAGCCAGAUCUCACCAAGUGGGAUACCGUCAUGGGUGAUGGAGAUUGCGGAGAGACGCUCAGGACUGGAGCCACAUCUUUGCUCACGGCCCUUGAUUCGGGAUUGGCGAAAUCUGGGUCAGUUGUGAGAGUACUAUUGGAACUCGAAGACAUCGUGGAGAGCAAGAUGGGCGGUACUCUGGGCGGCAUAUUGGGCAUCUUUUUUGUCUCCUUGCGUGCAGCUGUCGAGAAGAAUAUUGGACUGGCCCAAAGCCCGGUCUUGCUCUGGGGAACAGCUCUUGCAACAGCUCUGGAGAGUCUCAGGAGGUAUACGCCUGCCAAGGUCGGAGAUCGUACUGUCAUGGACACACUCAUCCCGUUUGCUACCGUCAUGUGUGAGUCGGGCUUUGAUAACGGCGUCAAGGCGGCACAGGAUGGAGCGGAUGCGACCAAGACGAUGAAGCCGAGACUGGGAAGAGCAACGUAUGUUGGCGUGUCGAGUGAGAACAAGGAGUUGCCUCCUGAUCCCGGUGCUUGGGGGGCCAUGGUGGCCAUUCGCGGUUUGCGACAAGGUCUGGUUGAAGCGAUCUAG